UUGGUAUGAAAGGUUUUACGUGAUGAUGUAACGAGCCCUUUUUUGAAGAGAACCAUUUUGACCGUUGAAAGUUUUCAGAUAAAUAGAUUACCUACAUUUUUUAUGUGUUUUGUGUAUUAAUAGUUGUGUUUAAAAUGAGUGAAAGUAAUUUAAGUGAACGAAGAACUAUCCUGGAUUUAGUGAAAAAAAGGGAGCUAAACAUUCGUUUACUGGUGUACUCGCAGGUCCAUUCCAGUUCGGACAGCAUUUGUGACGUCACUUCCGGAGGCACAAGGCGCGAGUUACGGGAAAAUGAGCUGCCCUGUCUGCGACACCAGUGACUCAGAGUGCGUCCAGCCUAAGGGCCCGUGCAUAGUUACACUGCUUUGCGCCUCCUGCUGGACCCGCUUAUACCGCAGUGGAUGUCAGCAUCCAGGUACUGGAUGCUGUCUGUGGUCAUCACCUUCGUGGAGAACCUCCUCGGUGAAUGGCUGGGCCUCUGGCUGCCCCUGGCCGCUGGCUUCCGUGUCGCCUUCGUCGUGACGAAACUGUCAGACAUCAUGGAUGAGGAUGGUGAGGAAACACCACUGCCGCCGCCUCCACCGCCGCCCCUGGAGAUGCUCGGGGGUGGCGAUGGCCAGCCGCCAACACCCCUCCCGGCUGUCUCGCCCGGAGGUCCCUGGGUCUCCCGCGUGCCACCGCGGGGGCACGCCUCCGAGCCCGACCUGCGCCGCCACCGUCAUCGCCUCCAGGGCCUGGCCGCAGCUGAGGGAAGUGCCACCUCGUAUGAAUCUUCUUCCCCCAGGGGCGGCGCAGGGAGGUACAACCUGAGACCCCUCGUCUGCCACAGCCGUCUGGCCUGCUGCGUAUGCAAGUAGCGCCCUCGUGUCCUCACACAACAGUUAUCUCAUUUAAAAAGGACUCUUUGACUAAACUGAUUAUGCGACGAAUUGAAUUACAGUGUGUAAUAUACUUUUUUUAAUCAAAGUGUGCUCAUUGUG